AUGAACUACACCGAGAUGCCUGACGCACCACCUCUUCCAGAUCCACCGUCACUUCCUAACAUGAGCCCUAAAAGCGGCUUCUUCGCUCCCCACCGAGCUUUGGCUAUUCCAGAAAUCGUGUGUGAAAUCCUCCUUUGGGCCAACAAGAACUCUAAAAUUUGGUGUCGCACACCUUGGCUACUGAACUGCGCCUUGGUGAAUAAGACGUGGUGCUAUGAAGCGCUACGUAUCUUGUGGAGCGACAUGGAAGCAGAUGGGGAAUCCCUCGACGAGGUCAUGAUGGACAUCUCCCCCGAUCGCCGCCAGAUGUAUUACAACUUUGUGAAGACUGCAACUGUGACAACCUAUAGCCAGGAGACUGAAUCAGCAAUACGGCCAGCUCUGGAAAAUUUGUUCUUCUCACAGUUACACACUUUGCGCCUUAUUCCAGUCUUUCACGGCUCGCGCACCGAGAAGCGUAUCCGCAUCCCAACUUUGAGCAUGCCAAACCUCGAGACCCUUUAUGUCAACCGCUCCAAUGGGCCGGUCUAUCUGUGCCCGGAUCAAUGGGACUAUUUCGCUUACCAGAUUCCGAAGCUCUUUCCGGGCUUGCCGAAGUUGGAAUCUUUCGAGUUUGAGAAAAUCGUGUCUCUGUCCGACAUAGAACAUAUUGUGGAGGAUAGAUUCACUGAGAACUGGGACGACGAGGAUACAGACGAGGAUACGGACAACGAGGAUUUGGAUAAUGGAUACGGAUGA